GCCGCCUCUGCGCUCCCCAAACACAGAGCGCAGAGGUGGCCCUGUGCUCUUUCAGAGGCCGCCUCUGCGCCCCUCAAACGCAGAGCGCAGAGGUGGUCCUGUGCCCUUUCACAGGCCCCUUCUGCGCUCCCGAAAGGCAGAGCGCCAGGCGCAUGGAGGCUGUAGAGGAGCCCGGGCCGGGAGGCCAGGGGGCCGAUCUGGGAGGUCAGGGGCCCGGGCCGGGAGGUCAGGGGGCCGGUCCGGGAGGCCAGGGACUCGGGCCCGGAGGUCAGGGGGCCGGCCCCGAGAGCCCCGGGCCGGGAGGCCAGGAGGCCGACCCCGAGAGCCCCGGGCCGCGCUGCCCGCUGCUGUCCGGCUUCCGAGAGGAGCUACGAGCGCUCCUGCUUCUGGCGGGCCCCGCGUUCUUGGCACAGUUGAUGGUGUUUCUGAUCAGUUUCAUAAGCUCCGUGUUCUGUGGCCACCUGGGGAAGCUGGAGCUGGACGCAGUCACCCUUGCGAUCGCGGUUAUCAAUGUCGCUGGUGUCUCCGUGGGCUUUGGCUUAUCUUCUGCUUGUGACACCCUCAUGUCCCAGACAUAUGGGAGCCAGAAUCUGAAGCACGUCGGGGUCAUCCUGCAAAGGGGGACCCUGGUGCUCCUUCUCUGCUGCUUCCCCUGCUGGGCCCUCUUCCUCAACACCCAGCAGAUCCUGCUGCUCUUCCGGCAGGACCCGACUGUGUCCAGGCUUACCCAGGACUACGUCAUGACCUUCAUUCCAGCUCUUCCUGCAACCUUUCUUUAUAUGUUACAAGUGAAAUAUUUACUCAACCAGGGAAUCGUAGUACCCCAGGUCCUAACCGGAGUAGCAGCCAACCUUGUCAAUGCCCUCCUCAACUAUCUCUUUCUUCAUCAGCUGCAUUUUGGGGUGAUGGGGUCGGCACUGGCAAAUACCAUUUCCCAGUUCACCCUGGCACUCCUCCUUUUCUUCUACAUCCUUGGGAGGAACCUGCACCAAGCUACCUGGGGAGGGUGGUCCCGUGAGUGUUUGGAGGACUGGGCCUCCUUUUUCAGCCUGGCCAUCCCCGGGAUGCUCAUGCUGUGCAUGGAGUGGUGGGCCUACGAGAUCGGGAGCUUACUGAGCGGUAUCCUCGGCAUGGUAGAGCUGGGAGCCCAGUCUGUUCUGUAUGAACUGACCGUCAUUUUGUACAUGAUACCUUCAGGCUUCAGUGUGGCUGCCAGCGUCCGGGUGGGGAACGCACUGGGCGCGGGAAACAUCCAGCAAGCCAAGAAGUCAUCGGCUGUCUCCCUGCUGGUCACAGGACUCUUUGCUGUAACUUUCUGUGUCCUGAUGUUAAGCUGUAAGGAUCUCGUGGGGUAUAUUUUCACUACCGACCGAGAAAUCAUUGCUCUAGUGGCUAAGGUGAUUCCGAUCUCUGCUGUUUCCCAUCUAUUUGAAGCUCUGGCUUGCACAGGUGGAGGCAUUCUUCGGGGGAGCGGUAACCAGAAGGCUGGGGCCAUUGUCAACACCAUUGGGUAUUAUUUGAUUGGUCUCCCCAUCGGGAUUUCGCUGAUGUUUGCAGCCAGAAUGGGAGUGGUUGGUCUGUGGUUGGGGAUCAUCAUUUGUUCCAUCACACAAUCUCUGUGUUUUCUUGGCUUUAUUGCUUGGCUAAAUUGGAAAAAAGCUUGUGAAGAGGCUCAGAUCCAUGCCAAUUUGAGACUGAACAUGGUCCAGGAUGAGCCUGCAGCUGCCUGCCAGGACCCAGGGGGCCCCGGGAGCCAUGGAGGAAUUAGAGUGAGAGAUGUGAGGAGAAAACACGAGACCUGGUUGGACCAGCACAGGCACCAAGAAGAUGUUCAGGCCCAGCCAAGGGACAUGACUGACUUGACUGGGAAACAUUUGGUGCUGUGGCGGGGGCUUCUGCUCCUGGGGGUUAUUUUGAUCUUGAUCGUAGGGAUUUUAGUGAGAGUGUAUGUCAGAAUUGAGUGAUAGGCAAAAGAGAGAGGGAGAGUCAGGACAAGUGAUAAUUCUGAGCUGACAAAAAAAUGCAGAGGCCCCACAGUGGGAAUUUGCUUUUAGUUAAGUUAGUUUCAACUGGGCUCAUGGGUUUGAAGAAUUACAAGUUCCAAGUUAUGUUUUCUCAUGAGGAAAAGGAACUAAGGUACAAAUUAUGUUCCUGUCCAAGACAAUGUUGGAAAGUUCAGAGUGACAAUGAUUCAAUUUAUGUGCCAUUGUCUUAACCAAGGACCACUGUGUACUGACUACAUUCAUGUACAGCUUUGCUGGUUACUUGUUAUGCUGAAUGUUUCUUUAGAUAUAAACCCUUGUACUGAG